UUGCGGUGUCUCUCUAUCUCUGUUCUCCACUGUCUCUCCGUACGUCCAUUCUCUUUCAUUGCUAUUUCUUCGACAGAGCCAUUCCAAUUCCAAUUUCCAUUUUCCAUUCUCAAUCAAAAAGCUCUCCAACGAGCUUCAGAUCCGCCUCCCGAUUCUACUCUGGUGCAACCAUUUCCUUCGUUUUGAUCCGCCUCCGACCUCCGGGGACUUGUAUGAUCUCUCUACAGAAUAGAAACAGCUCACCAUAAAAGGCGUCUGUGCAAAGGAAAGGAACAAAGAAACAAAAAUAUCACAAAGAGGUCGAUGUUGGUAUCUCUAGCUUUCAAGCCCAGAAAUUUUGAAGUGAGGUUCACUUGAAUUUUCUGUGGAACUGGUUGAAAGGAGCUUUUAAUUUCAGUACCAUCAAGGCAUCAACAAUGAAGAAGGUCUUUGGUCAGACUGUUAGGGAUCUCAAGAGAGAGGUUAAUAAGGCGGUGCUUAAAGUUCCUCGAAUAGAGCAGAAGGUUCUUGAUGCUACUAGCAAUGAGCCUUGGGGCCCUCAUGGAUUGCUUCUUACAGAUAUUGCAAAUGCAAGCAGAAACUACCAUGAGUAUCAGAUGAUCAUGUCAGUAAUCUGGAAACGUGUCAAUGACACUGGAAAGAAUUGGCGGCAUGUGUAUAAGGGUUUAACUGUUUUGGAGUAUCUGGUGGCUCAUGGAUCAGAGAGAGUAAUAGACGACAUCAAGGAACAUGCGUUCCAAUUAUCAGGCCUGUCCAGUUUUCAAUAUAUCGAUUCUAGUGGAAGGGAUCAAGGAGCAAAUGUCCGGAAGAAGUCACAGAGUCUUGUGGCUCUUGUGAAUGAUCCAGAAAGAAUCAGUGAGGUUAGGCAGAAAGCUAAUGCUAACAGGGACAAGUAUCGAAGUGCAUCAUUAGCUGGCGGAGCAUAUAGGCCAAGUUCAAAUUCUAAUGCAGGAGGAUAUGGAGACCGUUAUGAAGAUGAUUUUAAUGAGGGACGCUAUGGAAGCAGGGAUGAAGAUAGGAAUAGCAAUGGUUACGGAAGGGAAAGAGAAUAUGACUAUAGAGAUGAUGACCGUGGUAGGAAUGCUGACUCAAAUAGACGUGAUGGAGACCACUGUAGCAGAGAUGGUGAAGAAUGCUAUGGAAGGGAUAGUCCCAGGGAUGGUGAUAAUUGGGGACGAAGAAGUGUUGAUGAUCACCAAUAUGGUUCAAGAAGGGAUCAAGAUAGAGACCGUGAUGACAGUACUCGUGAUGGUAGUGGCAGAGGUGAUGACAGGUCUCAGGACAUUAGGCGACAUGAUCAUAGAUUUUCAGAACAAGACACUGGUGCACCUCCCAGUUAUGAGGAGGCUGUGAGCGAGUCUCGAAGCCCACCAACUCAUAGUGAAAGGGACCAAGAAACUUCAACCUCUGCUUCUGCCACUUCAUCUGCACCAGUUACUAGUGCACCUAGCCAGUCAAGUCCCAUGCAUGGUACUCCGACACCUGCAAACCAGUUAACUGAGACUUUUGAUGAAUUUGACCCACGCAAUUCAGUCACAGCUUCUCCAACUAUUCCACCAAACAAUGCUGAGAUGGACUUACUGGGCUCACUAACGGAUUUUUCUUCAAAUACACUGGCCAUUAUGCCAGCGACAUCUGCAGACAUAACCGGAGCCUUUGAGCCUGAUUCCCUCAUGAACUCUGGUGCAGGAACCUCGCAUGCUACUACAUCAGUACCUAAUAUCAAUAAUCAGAGUUUUGAAGAUCCUUUUGGUGACGCUCCUUUUAAAGCUAUGCUUUGUAAUGAUGGUGCUCCUCAAUCUCAUUCUUCUGCUAUGACUGAUCCUCUCCAGUCUUCUCUGCACCAAGACCUUGGACAACCCCAAGGAGCUAUCUCGGAAUCAUACCACGUCUCCAAUUCUGAAUUUGGUAAUACAUUUUCUGCUUCGACUGGUGCAUCUAACGGAGCCGGCUUGCAAGGAACAUCAAACUCGCAGUUUCUUCAAUCAUCAACCUCUCUUCCAGACCCUGAAAUUGAUAUACUGGCAGAUAUUCUACCUCCCUCUGGACCUUUGUCUAGCGCAGCAUCCAUGCCAACUUAUUCGUUCGUCAGCGACCAACCUGCUACUCCCUUCUCAGAUCCUGGUCAGCUUCCUGAGCAAAACUUUGCAGCUGUAAGCAGUCAGCCUUCAGAGCCGAAUGCUAGUUCCUUCCUUAAUUUGCAACCCCAACCAGGAGCUACAUCACAUUUGACCUCAAAUAUAGCUUUCCAGUGAACAAUGCAGGUAUGAACCCAGGAAUGGGGAUGAACAAUCCCGGAAUGAAUCCGGGAAUGGGAAUGGGAAUGGGUAUGGGAAUGGGCAUGAAUCCAGGAAUGGGGAUGGGAAUGGGAAUGAACCCGGGCAUGGGCAUGAAUAUGGGUAUGGGACAAGGAAUGCAAUUUCGACCUCCGGUUGGAUUUCCACCUGGAUCGAAUGCUUUGGGUAGUUACAACCCAAUGAUGGGCAGUUAUGCCCCCCAACAAUCAUACGGUGGCGGCUACCAAUAAACCAAGUUCCAAGUUCAUACAUGUUUAAAGGGUUGUACCAGUUUUACUUGAGAGUUGUAGAUUGGGAUGACCAACUUAAUGAUCUCAUUGGAGGAAGUCCCUCACAUUGCACGUCUGAUGAAGAGCAAAAGUUGUCUGUAUUUCAUUCUUUUCUAUGAAAGCAGCUCGACACGAAGUUCGUUUGCCUUAUUCUUUGCCUGCUUUUAAAUUUCUAACAACGUAUCGAGAGUUCUACAGGUGAGUUGCUGGUUGAUUGGUAAUGUUCGUAUUCUUAUCACAAUUUGUAUACAAACUGAACAUCCAUAAAUGAGGAUAUACCUCAAUUUUUAUUACCAACAUAGUAUAUGUACAACACUACCUUUUCUCCA